UAUAAAUAAUGUUUGGUAAAAUUGAUUAGAAAAUCUUUAUUAUUUAAAUGCUCUAACAUUUUUUAAAACAUAUGCGUUAGUUUAAUACAACAUAUUAAAUGAUAUAAACAGAGAAAACGAUAGCCUUGUUUUAAGUUCAGUAACUAAUAUAAACUCACGGUCACGUACCUUGCCCCAGCUAUAGAACAAAUAAAAUAGUAAAAGACAUUUACCUCGUUAACUGAUUUACAUCGUUAUUGUACAAAGCAAUCAAACACAUGUUUAAAAUAAAUUAUAAGUUGCAAAAAUUCUAUCUUAUUUCGAAAUAAUUUGGAAUGAUUGAGCAUAUUAAAAUUGUAAAAUUUAAUUACAAGACAUACAACAAGAUUUGUUAAACAAGAAAUCUCAGAUAAAACAUUUUUUUUAAAUAGCACUAUUCAGUUUUACAUACCGUUAAUAUUAGCUUAAAAAUUACGGUUAGAGAGUAUAUAUAUAUAUAUUUUAAAAUUAAAAGAGAUUUUAUUCAGCAGACGAUUUCAAUACGGAAAAUCUUGGCAGUGCACGCAGCCAAUUUGUUCCAAAAAUAUUCAAGAAUUCGAGUCAAUACAAAUUACAUUCCUUAUCAUUAUCGAAUAAAACGCGCAGCGUUAAAAUAAAUCAAAUAAAUUUCUCGUUUUCACGCAUCUAUGUCUGCGCCGUAUGCUACUGACAAAGCAGUCUGCUUUAGAUCAAUCGGGAGACUAUUAAAGCUCGUGCCGUUUCUACAACGAGACAGUUCACCACGAAGUGGCAAACGUUAGUCGACGUAUACGCGUGAUUCGUGUCUCUUUUAAUCUAAUGUCGCGCGCUAACUCUCUGCGAUCAAUUUAAAUUUCUUCUACAAAUUUAAUUUUUCGGGAAAGUGAGAUUACAAUGAAUAUAAAACGAGUUUAAAUCCAAAUAAACUUAAAUGUAAAAUAUAUAAAUUAUUUAAUAGCGCAUAAAUAUGUUUUAAUAGGAACGAACAAUUUAAUAUUGUUAAAUAUAAAAUUUCAAAAUAUAAUAUUUCAUCCAGUGAAUCUUGGUGACGAGCUGAAUACCAUUUUUUGGAAUGUAUCGAAUUGACAAAACAUUAAAACAAUCUACUUGCACGCGACUUGGGCGUUAAAAUUAUUGUUUAAGUUAUCGUUCAACGACUUUGAUUUAACGAAUGUAUAUUUUCCGUUCAUUCUACCAAGUAUAUCGAAUUAUAAAGCUUGUACUUGAUAAAGCAAAUUGGAAAUUGAAUCGCAACGAUGUUAACGGAUAAAUUGAUAUUUAUUCCGCAUAUUGAAUCAGCGUGUUUCGAUUUUUUCGAUCUUUAUUGCUUUUCGACUGUGUGAUGUGUAUCGUUUACAUACCACAAUGACACUUGUUUGAAAAUUGGAGGAGCUAUUAAUAUAAGGUGUAUCAAAUUGACGCGAUUUAUAUAACAUUGUUUAUUUAGUUAGCUCGGAAUUAUGUAGUUUAUUUAUUUUGUACUAUGUAUGUAUCAACUGUGUGAAAAAAUAUCCGGAAUUCAUCUUAUUGUUAGUAAAGAAGAGUAUUCUAUAAAUAUUAAUAUUGUAUGCCGAUUAAUAAGAAAAUUAUCUUUUAAGGCAUCAAUCUUGUUUUAAUUAUGCGGGUUUUUUUAUAAGUUUCUUUUCUUUCGUACAUUCUUCGUGAACUAUGGAUAGUAUGCGGAGAAAUAACGUAUCAACCACGCGAGUGCUUUAGUACAACACGGCAGUAAAAAGUUGGUAAAAGUUAAGCACUCGAACACUUCCGCGAGUAUCCCCUGUCGGGGAUUGAUUGUCAGUGCCUUUGCACGAGCGGCUUAAACCUCCGAUCCCGAUGUUGGUAUUAUAUCACGCCGAUUUCUCCUGGGCUCGGACGAAACAUCAUACGCCCAAAUUGGCGUUUAUAAUGUGUCGUUAAUCUCUUAAUACAUUCCGUCAUGAGUUAGGCAGCUAUCGGUGUGCCCCGAGAGGAUCGCGCGCAAAAAAAAAAAAAAGAAAAGACCUUGUGUCGGAAAGGCGUCAAAAUACAAAACACGAAAUCGUGCAUCGGGAUUUGGGAAAGAUCUAAAGAAACGUUAAACGUCCCCAUAUACCUCCUUGUGAUCGUCGCACACCGCCACCACCACUGUCUUCUUCCACGCAUCCUCGAACACCUGACCGAAUCGACCGAACGUACCGAACGGUCGAGUAAAAGGUCGAGAAAAAGAAAAACAACAAAAAAAAGACACACAUACACACCACGAGAAAUAUACGCCGAUAACGAUCUGAAAUCGUGCACUGAAGUCAGUCAUGAAUCUUAUGUUCCGCAAGAAUUUCGGAGGCGAGAAGGGAUCCGGUGGUGGCGGACUAAGUGGAGGAGGACUAGGGGAAGUUCGGCCCGUCCUGGGGAGCACUUACGGAACCUCGUUCGGUCAGCUAGGAACGCGUUUCGGCGCGGCGCGCGUCGGCGUCGGCCAGUCGGUGGUCGGCGGCGCACGUGGACCCGCACGACGCAGCCGGGAAUUCGGAUACACCCCGUCGAUGGGCGAUCACGAGCACCAGGGGCACGGCUAUCGUACUCACUUGUUCCUGUCACCGCCCGCAGGUGGGGCGCUUGGCUCGCCACCCGAGGAACCGGGCGAGCGGCUGGGUCCGCCGCCGCGCCGAAAUUCGGGACCUCAUGUGAUCAAGUGGGGCGGCGGCGGGCCCGUCGGUUCCGCGCAGGGUGCGCAGGCCGCCAAUCAAGCCAGGAGAAAUGUAUGUAUCAACUGUGUGAAAAAAUAUCCGGAAUUUUCCGAUCCACCGACCCCGACUGCGUCUAGGCAGCAGGUGUCUUUCAGCGGUAAUCGUGCUUCCGGCACUUACACACCCCUCGUGGUCUCUGGAAACAGUCCACCGCGAGGCGAACCAAUUUCCUUGGCCACUUUGGACCGUGACUGUUUUAUCAUACCUCUCGCUUCUCUCGAACGUUUUUUACCAGCGGGUGUGCCACAUGCUCCUGUCGCCGACAAGAAAAGACCGGGUAGUCCUUUAUCGGUUCUCGAGGUCGAGGAUCCGAAGCAAUGUGUUCUCGCGCAUUUCAUGACGCCAUUGGAGCCUCUAGAUCCUCUAACUGAAUCUCCAGUAUCUCGUCCAUUGGUUCUACAACGCGAUACCGCUGCAGAACUAGUCGCCGAGUUAGCACCCUCUGCAUCGCAAAGUAUUUUGCUUACGAAUAUGGAGAAGAACGCGGAUUUCCCGUUCAUUACAUAUUAUUUAAUAAACAAGCAGAACACGGAUCCCAUGGACUUUUACAAUGAAGUGCAAUGCGCAGCCUUACGUAAGUUCGAUCCCCGAGAUAUCAGAUAUGCAGCCAAUCACACAUUGGAUUUGUUCAAUGAGGUAGCAACUAUCGCAAGACCGCCGCUCGAACCACCCGGUGGAAGACCACCCAUUCCGUCCACCGGCUAUAUAGUAUCGAUUUUCAAAGUUUUCGAAGGUGAUGAUGGUCUUAAAUUUGAACAAAAUUGGCUCUAUUGGACAGGUGCGCGAAUGAUGUAUCGAUACUUGCCAAAAUCGGUGGGUCUCAGACGCAUCACUUUGCACAAAUCGAUAUCGCAAGGCGACAAGAUGUAUCUGUUAAUCUGCGAAUGCUCGCAGCUGCAAGACAAUUUAUCCGCUGCGGCAAUACUUUUACCGGCACUUCGCGCACGCCUGUGCGGAUACAUCGGGCUUUAUAGACCCUCCGUGUGUUUCUGAUUUCUUACCCAGCUAUUAGAAUCUGCGAGAAGUAUUGUUUCGAAUUGCAUUACAUGCAUCUCUCCACAGGAAAGUCUAAGCGAAACGAAACGCAAUCCAAGUCAUAGCGGCUGCCAAGAGAAGGCGCGAUACUGAUUUUUGCAGAAAUCGUAAAAUAUAUCGUCGCAAAUGCCGCCAACAAACGAGACACUGUGAUUUCUACUAUCGUACUAUCUAUUAUAAGAAGCGCAACUUCGUAUACGCUUUAGAUAAGUCUUGUCGAAUAUCGACGAAACAGCAUGCUCGACUAGAUACGCCACUGAACCUGUUUGUAUUUUUCGACUUUACUAUUUCGUUCAUCAUACAAACGAGCGUUACCCGAAUACCGUUACCAAACGAAACGGAAAUACAGAACAAAUAGCAAUAAAAUUGGUACAUAGGCUGCAGAAAGUAUCGCAAUAUACUUAAUGCAAAACAGAUGUCCAAGAAAUAAUCUAUUAUAUACAGAUGAAAAAUCCUCGACAUUUAAUUUUUUGGGAAAUGGGAACAUUCUAUGCGCCGACAUAGAGCAGAUAACGACAUAUUACCGAUUAAAGACUUUUGUUUACCCUAUGCCCUAUGGUAUCACGCGACACACACAUAACCAUAACAAUAUAUGCAACGUACUUUUCUUACAUUAUUGGUAACUAUUGAAUAAUCGCUAACUACAUAUCAUACUCGAUAAACUGUGAUAUUUGAGCGAGUGGCGUAUAUAUCACAAUGAAAGAUAAAUCUUCUUGAAAUCUACUCUUGAAAAUGCUACUAUUGAAAUCAAUUUAGGGGAUUUAGAUACAAGGUAGUGGAACUUUGAAGGCCGACGCAAUAGAAUGUAAUUUAAAAAGCCUUUUAUCGAUUAUCUUCAUAUUUGAUAUUAUAUAUUCAUAUAUGCGGAUUAUUGACGCUCGUGAAAUUUGACCGGCAUAUGCAAAUGUGGAUAAAUUAUAAUUCCAGAAAAUAAAACUUUAACAAACUUUUAUGUAUAGUUCUUUUAUUGUAUAAAUUAUGAUUUAUACGUAAGUUUCAUCUUUGAAUAAACGAAAUUUGUUAAGUACAUGCAGAUUCGUUUUUUGGAAAAAAAAUGUUUUAAUCUUUCUUAUUCAUUUAGUUAUUCUUAUAAAAUUAUAACUAACUAUAUAUCUAAAAAAAUUAUUUACAUUUAAUAUAAUUUUAUUUUUGUUAUUUAAAUCCAUAUUUUAUCCACAUGCAUUGUAAACUUUUCUCUAUUGGGAAGAUACGAGAAUAGAGUAAUGGUAUGUGCGGGAAAAGCUUAUACAAAUCCCAUUUUUUAGGUGCCUAUAGCCAUUUUAAAGAGUGGAAGAGUAGCGUGAGUUGGCAUUGUAGUACAAAAAAAAUAAUACAGCCAAUAUACGCUUGUGUUGCAUACAGACAAUAGCUAGGAUGAUUACGCAGGCGUGAUCAUCACCCAGUAGAUUUGUAAUUAUCCGACGCAAUGGCGUACUUAUCAUACGCUGGAUUCGUACUCGCUGAAUACAAAGUGGAACAAGAUAUUCUUAACUAUAAGAAAAAAAAAUGGAAAGUAAGGAAAAUUCGCGAUUUUACUGUGAUCAUACACGUAUCAUGUUCGAUACACGCAUUCGUGUUUACGAUUCACUGCGACAAAAAAGCGCAAUUGUGAGAUAUGGUACAUAAAGCAGUAAUCACACAAUGGUGUCCAGUCUAUAAUAUGUACAUCAUUAAAACAAGAAGCAUUGAUUAUAAUUGAACUGCGCUAAUAAAAUAUUUGGCUACUACAUUCGCAUUUUUUCAUUGCAUAUAUUUGUUAUAUUAUACCGAA